GGUAAUUCUGCAAGAAAAGGAUGACGGCGGCUGAAGCGACAAGGAUCCACCCCAUGUGCGCUGGCCUGGAAAACAAGGCCACGGGGCACUCAGGAGGGCAGAUCGGCCAAGUGCCAAUUAGCCAUGGAAUACGCUCUCACUCCCCAAAACCCACUGCUUAAUCCUCCAAACUGGGACUUCCCUGGUGGCGCAGUGGUUAAGAAUCCACCUGCCAAUGCAGGGGGACACGGGUUCGAGCCCUGAUCCAGGAAGAUCCCACAUGCCACGGAGCAACUAAGCCCGUGCACCACAACUACUGAGCCUGCGCUCUAGAGCCCGCGAGCCACAACUACUGAGCCCACACACCACAACUACUGAAGCCCAUGCGCCUAGAGCCCGUGUUCCCCAACGAGAAGCCACCGCGAUGAGAAGCCCAUGCACCGCAACAAAGAGUAGCCCCCGCUCGCUGCAACUAGAGAAAGCCCACGCACAGCAACAAAGGCCCAACGACGAAGACCCAAUGCAGCCGAAAAUAAAUAAAUAAAUUAAUUAAUUAAUUUUUAAAAAAAUCCUUCAAACUGCCGUGGGCAUUGCCUUCAGGGCACCCAAUCUAAUCUGAGGAGGUUUUCAUACCAUCUGCAAAGGGGCAUGGGUAGGAUGGGCAGAAAAGAGAAGACGGCUCUGAGAAGUGCGUCUGAGCGCAGCCUGUCACUCACCUUCUGAGCAGGGCCCCAUCCUAGCACGUGCCCUCCUCCUGGCCCCAUCCUACUGGCUGUUUCCCAACACUGCAGCUCCUGCAGUCUCAGAGGCACUGGCAGGUUCCCUCUAAACCCGUCAAGGCUCGUCUCAGACCUCCUUCAUCUCUGCAGAGCCAUUUCCGAGCAACCUAACCCCGGAGUUACCAGCGUCUUCCCAGGCUCCCACAGGCCUGGCACUGCACAGAUAUAGCGUACACAACCCUGUCCCUACCCUGAUGGAGAUGACAGGUGAAGCAGACAGUCCACAAACCCACCAACAAAUAACGCAGCAAGCGCUAAGGCGGAAGCCAGCAUAACAAGAGCUUCACGGGAAAACCGCCUCAGAAGCCUCGUCUUUCAAAAGGCCGGGGCGGACACCACGGCUCCGUGCAGUAGGAGCGCGUGGAUGGCCACGCAGCUCAAUCUCAGGAUUCAGAAAGAGCUUUCCAGAGAAAGUGAAAUCGAUGGUGGCCAGUGGAGGGGACGGGAGUGGGGGAGAGGGAGGAAGGGGUUCCAGGUGCAAAGGCCCAGAGGUGAGAGAGCAGAGCCUGCCGGGGGGGGGGGGGAGCUGCAGGUAAGUCCGUCAGCUGGAGUGGAGGGAGUCUGUGGUACGGGGAGGGGAUUAUUCAGACGUGAUCCUUAGGCAAUGAGAAGCCACCGUUGAGGUUUCUAGGCAGAGGUGUGCAACGGUCUGACUUGUGGCUGCUGAGCGGAGAGGAAACAGUCACUCGUUCGGGUGUCGACGGCCUGGCCGUUGGGAGCGCGCGGCCGAGCAGGAUGGACAGAAGUGGACGUCUAGACUUGGGAGCAGGAAACCACAAAGCCCGCGGACGGAUGGCUGGGCGGAGCGGGGGCCCGGACGGAAGAGGAAGACCCGGCCUGUGACGCUUCGGCAGCGGCAGGUGCAGAUCUAGGCGGCGCCUCCCCCGGGCCCGCCCCUGGCCACCUACGCUGGGCAAAGCCCCCGGGCCCACCCUCCGGAGCCCUUGGGGCAGGGAAGGAGGGUAACCGGAGAGCCAGGCUGACGCUGGGGCGGGCCUGCCCGCCGGAGUACGCACCUCCUUGGCGAUCACCGCUACGCACACCGCCAUCUUGGGAGCCCGACGGGCCGCCUCACGUGAUGACAACGACGGUCACGCGGCCAGCCAGGCCCCGCCCCACCCGCCUGUCAUUCGGCUGGCCCUGACCCCGCCUCUCCUGUCAGUCAGCCGGCCUUGCCCCGCAUCCCUGUCACUCAGCCGGUCUGACCCCGCCCCACCUCUCACUCUGUCGGUCAGGGCCCCGCUUCUCCUGUCACUCAGCCGGCAUGGCCCCGCCCCAUCGCCCGGCCGGAAGGAUCGCCAGCUUCGCCAGGCCCGUUCCCGCCGCUCUGGGGCUCGGUGUCGCUCGGCGUGGUUGCCAUGGCGGCGGUUGCUGCGGCGACGAGGUGGCGGCUGCUUCUGGUGCUGAGUGCUGCGGGGCUGAGGGUCACAGGCGCCCCGCAGCCCCCCAACAUCCUGCUCCUGCUCAUGGACGACAUGGGGUGGGGCGACCUCGGGGUGUACGGAGAACCUUCCAGAGAGACCCCGAAUUUGGACCGGAUGGCUGCGGAAGGGAUGCUCUUCCUGAACUUCUACACGGCCAACCCCCUGUGCUCCCCUUCCAGGGCGGCUCUGCUUACCGGACGCCUGCCCAUCCGCAGUGGCUUCUACACCACCAACGGGCACGCCAGGAACGCCUACACGCCGCAGGAGAUAGUGGGCGGCAUCCCGGACUCGGAGCUCCUGCUGCCGGAGCUGCUGAAGGAGGCCGGCUACACCAGCAAGAUCGUGGGCAAGUGGCAUCUGGGCCACAGGCCUCAGUUCCACCCCCUGAAGCACGGAUUCGAUGAGUGGUUUGGAUCCCCCAACUGUCACUUUGGACCUUAUGACAACAAGGCCAGGCCCAACAUCCCUGUGUACCGGGACCGGGAGAUGGUUGGCAGAUUUUAUGAGGAAUUUCCAAUUAACCUGAAGACUGGAGAAGCCAACCUCACCCAGAUCUACCUGCAGGAAGCACUGGAUUUCAUUAAGAGGCAGCAGGCAGCUCACCGCCCCUUCUUUCUAUACUGGGCCAUCGACGCUACACACGCGCCUGUUUACGCCUCCAGGCCUUUCCUGGGCACCAGCCAGCGAGGGCGUUACGGGGACGCCGUCCGGGAGAUUGACGACAGCGUCGGGAGGAUCCUGCACCUCCUCCGGGACCUGAGCAUCGCAGAGAACACCUUUGUUUUCUUCACGUCGGACAACGGCGCUGCCCUCAUUUCUGCGCCCAGACAAGGUGGCAGCAACGGGCCCUUUCUGUGCGGGAAGCAGACCACGUUUGAAGGUGGGAUGAGGGAGCCUGCGAUCGCCUGGUGGCCCGGGCACAUCCCUGCCGGCCAGGUGAGCCACCAGCUGGGCGACGUCAUGGACCUCUUCACCACCAGCCUGUCCCUCGCAGGCCUGGCGCCACCCAGGGACAGGGCCAUCGACGGCCUGGACCUCCUCCCCACCGUGCUCCAGGGCCGCCUGACAGACAGGCCGAUAUUCUAUUACCGUGGCAACACGCUGAUGGCGGUCACCCUCGGCCAGUACAAGGCCCACUUCUGGACCUGGACCAAUUCCUGGGAGGAGUUCAGACAGGGCGUGGAUUUCUGCCCCGGGCAGAACGUGUCAGGGGUCACCACCCACUCGCAGGAGGAGCGCACUAAGCUCCCGCUGGUCUUCCACCUGGGACGAGACCCCGGGGAGAGGUACCCCCUCAGCAUUGCCAGCACCGAGUACCUGGACGCACUUCGCUGGAUCACCCCGGUCGUCCGGCAGCACCAGGAGGCCUUGGUCCCCGGCCAGCCCCAGCUUAAUGUGUGCAACCGGGCGGUCAUGAACUGGGCGCCCCCAGGCUGCGAGAAGUUAGGGAAGUGCCUGACGCCCCCGGAGUCUGCGCCAGAGAAAUGUUCCUGGCCCCACUAGCACCGGCCUAGGCUCAAGACAGGCUCUGGCCUCAGGGCUCCUGUGCUGGAAGAGCUCCAACUCCCUCUGCCCUGCCUGCUGCCAGACGGAAGUCACCUGUAGCCAGCAGCAGGACCUGCAAGACUACGCCUGCUGCAGCCCGGCCCUGGAGUCAGUUCCCAGCCCACCGGGCCUGCCUGACUCUGCGGCCGCAGGCUCACGUCAGCCCCUGAACCGGAGGCUGCCCGCCUCGUGUCCUCCCACUCUGCUCCAGCUACCUCCCGGCUGCCCCUUCCAGGGCCUGAGCUCCGCCCCAGGACCCAGAGGCCUGACUUCAGCCCUGGUGUCGAGGGUGGCCGUGCCAAUCCUGUGUUGCCCCCUGGCGCUGUGCCCAGGGGAUACCCCAGCGCCCCUCCCCCGCAUACCCCCCCAUGGUAAGGGGGUGUGAACAUGAAACGGGAGGAGGCCAAGGACCUCCCUGUCCCGGAGCCUCAACAGCCAAGGCCUCCCCAGUCCAGUGGGGACAGCUGAAGCCACCAGCUUCCUCGGAGAUCAGGACUCCCGACCCCAGCACACUGUGGGGCCUGCCUGUGCUUCAGAGGUGCCCCGCCCACCCUCCCGUCCUCGAGCCCAGGGUGGCAAAGCUUGAGGAUGAGCCCAUUCACCAGCGAAAUCAGGAGAGCCUGAGCAGGGCUGUGAACGGCCUCCAGGGACUCCCCCUUAAGGCCCGUGGGCCGUUUCCAUUGUGUGGAGUUUCCACUCUGCAGACUGUCACACCAGCUCUGUACUGUUGUAAGACUUGGCAAAUUAUGAAGAGACCAGGUUUAGAAUAAAGUAACAAGCAUUUUA